AUGACUAUUCACGCUUAUUUACCGCCGCUGAUUGAUCCGCCCAUUGCAGUGGCCACCGUUUCUGACAAGAUCAAAGUCUUGGAGAACGUGGUUCAGCGGAGAGAAUAUGGUGAAGUUUGUGAAAGAAUUUAUUAGAGAUCCACGUCCCUUCUUUUUCAGAUGUUUGUACAACAGUUUGGCAGAAGGAAUUUGAAAAAAAAAAUGCGGAUUUGAACGGAAAGUGUUUCAUCAAAAAGCUAUUUUUUUUUUUUCAACUUUUGCGUUUUUCUGUUGAUUUUUUUCAAAACGAACCAUCCAUUCUUAACAAUUGAAAAUAAUUUUUUAUUUACAUGUCCCUUUAUCAUUAUUCGUUUAUUUCGUAAUUUUUUUAAAAUUUCAAAACUGUUUUUUUACUGAAUCUAACUAGUGCGAAUCGAAACCGUAGCGAAAGUUUGUUUAUUGCAUUAUUAAACUUCUCUAUCUUUUUUUUCAACAAUCAAUUUUCCAGACGGCGACAGGAUGUCCUACAGUCAUCACAACCGAACUCAAGGAUAUACACCGUCAUACAGUUCCAACACUGGCACUGCUUAUAUGGCCAGACGCGGAUGGGAACAAAACAGCGACGAUCACACAAUUUCCUUCAACGGAAAACGCAGGUCUGGCUCGCGUCAUACUUUAUCCAUCGAACUCUCAAUCAGUCAUGUAAAACUGUUUCUGAAAGACUUUUAUCUCACUUUAUUCUCGAGUUGUGUGAGCAUAAUGUUCAAAAAUUCAAGAAACUAAUUUUUCAGCACGAAACGAAUUUAUAUCGGUCUCUUCAUCCUACUCUCUCUUUUACUGGUAUCUGCGAUAGUCAUCAUCAUUUUGUUUGCAACUGGUGGUAACGGCAACCUGGGAAAAUAUUACACACUCGAUUUUCUUCCAGUUUUCUCAAGUUCUGAGACUCCGUUACCGAACCCGACGUUGCCUUACAUAAAUCCUCCAGUCACUUUCUAUCCACCCCUCAACCCGACGCUUCCUCCACAACCACCGCCAAUUUUUCAGAGAGUUUGUUUUGCUCGGCCUUCUUUUCUUGAUUUUCGAGUUCAGAAUACCACUUUUUCAUGUACAAUGCUAGUUUUGCGUCAAGCAAAUGCUGCCUAUGAUGUGAAGACAUCAGCUAACUAUUUGGCAGCUUUUCGAAUCAUUCGCAACGCGGUAUUAACUUCCGAAAUGAAGUUUUGAAAACUAAUAAAUUCAGUUGAACAUUGUUAUUGCGCAGUCGACGCUCCAGCCCUACGGGGCUAGUGUUGCACUAGACGAUUUGAGAAACAAGUAA